CUAAUUUCGGGGCUUUGCAGCCGCGCAGGGCAAAUACGCUUGAGCCCAUAAGAGUUGGGCGGUUUUAAGACAUUCCUGCGCGGAUUGGGGCGACAGAAAGAGAAGGGUGGUGGCUUUACAUAAUGAAGUGCGUGCUUUUCACGUGAAAUGGCCCUUUAAAAAGCCGGCGUCCUCCAAUCAGGCCGCGGCGCGUCGUAAACAAGCGAGGAGAGAGAAGCGUGCGUGUGCGUGUUUGUUUUUGUUGUUGUUGGGAGCGAACGGCUGCAAGGAUGGUCUCGUCGUACCCGUUACCGGAGGGUUUCUCCGAGUUUGACGUCUUCUCCCUGGGGUCGUGUCUACUUGUCGAGGGUCUGCUGGGGAUCCUCCUCAACGCGGUCACCAUCGCGGCGUUCCUCAAAGUGAGGGAGCUGAGGACCCCCAGCAAUUUCCUGGUGUUCAGUCUAGCCAUGGCCGACAUGGGCAUCUCCAUGAACGCCACGGUGGCAGCUUUCUCCAGCUUCCUCAGGUACUGGCCUUACGGCUCUGAGGGAUGUCAGACUCACGGCUUCCAGGGCUUUGUCACGGCCCUCGCCAGCAUCCACUUCAUCGCCGCCAUCGCCUGGGAUCGAUACCACCAGUACUGCACUCGGACCAAGCUGCAGUGGAGCAGCUCCAUCACGCUGGUCAUUUUCAUCUGGCUUUUCACCGCCUUCUGGUCCGCAAUGCCUCUCAUCGGCUGGGGGGAGUACGACUACGAGCCCCUCAGGACCUGCUGCACUCUGGACUACAGCAAGGGAGACAGGAACUACGUCUCCUACUUGAUCCCCAUGAGCGUCUUCAACAUGGCUAUUCAAGUCUUUGUUGUCAUGUCCUCCUACCAGUCCAUCGCACAGAAGUUCAAGAAGACCGGAAACUCUAAAUUCAACCCCAACACUCCUCUUAAGACCAUGUUGCUGUGCUGGGGCCCCUAUGGCAUCCUGGCUUUCUACGCCGCCGUGGAGAACGCCAACCUGGUCUCACCAAAGCUGAGGAUGAUGGCCCCCAUCCUGGCCAAGACGUCCCCCACCUUCAACGUUUUCCUGUACGCUUUGGGAAAUGAGAACUACAGAGGAGGUAUCUGGCAGUUCCUCACCGGGGAGAAGAUUGAAGUGCCUCAAAUUGACAACAAGUCCAAAUAAACUAAGCGUUGCAAUGUUACACCUCCAUUACGCUUCUAGUGUGUGUGUGUGUGUGUGUGUACACUACGUCUAUGUGCUUUGGCUUGCUGUUUGUUGUGUGUUUGUGUGUCUGUGUGGUGUUGUGCGUUGUUCCUCAUCCUCUCGCUCGGUCCUUCAUUUGAAUUUGAACUACAUUAUUAGCUGAAGUGUCAUAGAGCGUUUACUUUCCCAUAACGACAUCAUGUAUCCGUAUGUAUGUAUGUAUGUAUGU